CAUAUUAUUAUAAAAGGAGAAUACUAAGGACAUCCACCAAAUAGUACUUUCAAUCCAAUCCAACUUUCUUUUAUCAAAACCCAUAAUAUUCCCUCCACUUUCACAGACCACUACAAAAGCUGAACUCUCUCCUUAGGCUCUGAUAAACUAAACUAGCAUCAAUAAUAAUAUUAUGAAUUCCAUAAAUUCCUUCAAGGGUUAUGGAAAAGUAGACGAGCUCGAAGAGCAAGCAUUCCGGCGGAAGAGACGUAAGCGUCUCAUCAUAAUAAUCGUCUCCUCCAUAAUCUUGGUCUCAGUCAUCAUCGGUGCCGUCGCCGGAACCCUCACACACCGGCGAAACUCCAAAUCCUCGUCUUCUUCCAACUCUGUUCCUCCAACUGAUUUAACCCCAGCCAUGUCGCUUAAAGCCGUUUGCGAUGUGACUCAGUACCCGAAUUCCUGCUUCUCCAGUAUCUCUUCCUUAGAUUCCUCCAACACCACCGACCCGGAGGUUCUCUUCAAGCUCUCCCUCCGUGUCGCAGCCAGUGAGCUCUCGAAGCUUGUUCGGUACCCUAACCAAUUGAUCGCCAAGACCAAUGAUGUCCGUGUCAAGGAAGCUCUGGGAGUUUGCCAGACCGUUUUCGAAGACGCCGUGGACCGCCUCAACGAGUCCAUUUCCACCAUGGAAGUCGGCGAGGGAGGGAAGAUCUUGUCCGAAUCGAAGAUCGAUAGCAUCAAGACCUGGCUCAGCACCGCCAUUACCGACCAGGAGACCUGCUUGGAUGCUCUUAAAGAUCUCAAUUCCACUCAGCUCGUCAAGGAUUUGAGUACCGUUAUGCAGAAUUCCACCGAGUUCACGAGCAAUAGCUUGGCCAUUGUGGCUAAGAUUUUGGGGCUUUUGACGAGCUUCAACAUUCCGAUCCACAGGAGGCUUCUGGGUUAUAAUUAUGAUGGUGGAUUUCCCGAUUGGGUAAGUCCCGGAGAUAGGAGGCUGCUUCAGGAGAAGAACGUCACGACGGUGCAUCUGACGGUGGCGAAAGAUGGAACGGGGACUAACCGUACCAUUCAGGAGGCGGUGGCGACGGUGCCGAAGAAGAGUCCGACGAGGUACGUGAUACAUGUGAAGGAAGGGGUUUAUGUGGAGAACGUGGAGUUGGACAAGAGCAAGUGGAAUGUGAUGCUGGUUGGGGAUGGCAAAGACAAGACCAUCAUCUCCGGCCACAAGAACUUUGUGGAUGGGACUCCUACCUUUGCCACUGCAACUUUUGCUGUUGCGGGAAGAGGCUUUAUUGCAAAAGACAUAGGCUUCAUUAACACAGCAGGAGCAGAAAAGCACCAGGCAGUGGCACUCCGUUCCGGCUCCGACCAAUCUGUGUUCUACCGUUGCUCAUUUGAUGCCUUCCAAGACACCCUUUACGCCCACUCCAAUCGCCAAUUCUACAAAGAAUGCGUCAUUACAGGUACCAUAGACUUCAUAUUUGGCAAUGCUGCUGUGGUCUUCCAGAGCUGCAACAUCCAGCCAAGGCAGCCUCUCCCCAACCAGUUCAACACCAUCACUGCUCAGGGCAAGAAAGAUCCAAAUCAGAACACUGGCAUUUCUAUCCAAAAAUGCUCAUUUUCUCCAAAGGAUGCCAAUAAUCUUACCGCUCCUACGUAUCUUGGUAGGCCAUGGAAGAACUUCUCUACUACUAUCAUCAUGCAGUCAAGUAUUGGGUCUUUUUUGAACCCAUUGGGCUGGAAAGAAUGGAUCCCCAAUGUUGAGCCUGCCACUACCAUUCUCUAUGCUGAAUACAAAAACAGUGGGCCUGGAUCAGAUGUGUCAAAAAGGGUUAGUUGGGCUGGUUAUAAGCCCAGUCUUUCAGAUGAAGAGGCUGUGAAAUUCACUGUGACAUCAUUCAUACAGGGUGCUGAUUGGUUGCCUCAGGCAAACGUGGAAUUUGAUGCUCAAUUGUGAUCUGGAAAGUGGGUUUUGAAGAAUAGGAUUCCCUCACACCAAAUUCCAAAAACAUCCAAAGCUGAGAAUUUAAAGAAUGAAUUGAGAUUUUUCCUCUU